AUCAUCGAUCACUGACUGCGUCGUAUUGUGUGCCAUGGCAGAGGCAGCCAAAAUUUUGGUGCUCGGCUCAGCGCACGGUGCGAUUCCAGCAUACCUCUCCAAGCUUCGGACCUUCAACACCAAGCACGGCCCGUUUGACGCUAUCUUCUGCAUUGGCGACUUCUUCACACCUUCCAGUUUUGGUUCAGGAAUUGAUAAUGAAGGUGUUCAAGAUCUAGUGGACGGCAAGCUGGACAUACCCGUUCCGACCUUCGUCCUCGCAAGUCCGAAUUUUGACCCACCGCAGGAGGUGAAGGAGAAUAUGGGGAGGGACGGUGGGGAGAUAUGUAAAAACCUGGCUAUGUUGCAAGGCGUCGGUCGGCUUGAAAUCCCCGGAAAGGGUGUAUAUGUAUCAUACGACUCGAGCUCCUCACCAGUGAACGUCGCAGACCUUGAGCCAGCCAGCAGCACACACAUCCUUCUCACUUACGCACACCCCUCACUGGUUUUUUCUUCCCUUCCUACGGCCACGUCAGGGGAGAACGAGGCCGACCUACUCCUAAAACACCGUAAGCCGAGAUAUGCCUUCUCUGGUUCCUCGGGCGUUUGGAGCGAGAGCGAACCCUUCGGUUGGUCGGAACAAUACGGGACAGUUAAGGAGUGGACAAGGUGUGUCAGUGUAGGGAGUAUGAGAGGGGAGGGAGGCAAGAAGCAAAGGUUCUAUUACGCCUUCUCAAUCGCCCCACUCCAAGCACAACCACACCCUCCGAACGCCAUUCCCAACCCCUACUUACCCUCCUUGCCCUCCCCUUCCAUUGACACCUCUAAGCCCGCCGCACCCAGCCCAGCAGACGUAAAAGGGCUCAACGGCGCCGCCAGCACGAACAAGCGCAAAUUCGAGGCGAUCGCUGCUGCCGAGGCUUCUGGAGUCGACUUCCGAUGGGGAGGAGAGGGGAAGAAGCAGAAGACGGAGAAGAAGGAUGGGAGCGGGAAGCCUCCCGAGGGAUAUCGUUGCAGAUUGUGUGAUUCCCCUGAUCAUUAUAUACAAGCAUGCCCUAUAAAGAUUGAGCAGGACAAAACACGAGCGAAAGCCCGGGAAACGGAUAAGCCACCCGAGGGAUACACCUGUAACCGCUGCGGCUCCUCGGAGCACUUCGUGCGAAACUGCCCAACUCGGGGUGAGACAGGUGACACUGGGGGGGCGAAGCCGCCCGACGGGUAUGUGUGCAAGGCGUGUGGUGGUGGCGGGCAUUAUUUCAAGGAUUGUGAGAUUGCAGCGAAGGGGAGAAGAGAUCGGGGCAGGGGAGGGAGGGGAAGCAAGGAGAUCACCCCGGACGAAUGCUGGUUCUGCUUAUCCAAUCCGAAUGUGGCAAAAUACCUCAUCACCUCGAUUGGCUCUGAGACGUACCUCACCCUACCGAAAGGAUCUCUCCUUCCCCUCAAGUCAACCUUACCAACCCAUGUCCCUGGGGGUGGCCACUUACUCAUCAUCCCCAUCACGCAUCACCCCACGCUCCUCUCUCUCCCGCCAGACAUCUCCCUCCCUAUCACAGCGGAGAUCGAGUCAUACAAAUCCGCCCUGCGCGCGGUCUUCCGUGAACACGGAUGUGUCGCUGUCUCGUGGGAGAUUGCCCGGCUCUCAGGGAGGGGAGGGCACGCGCACAUGCAGGUUUGUGCGGCGCCCCUCCAUCUCUCUGAGAACGGUAAGCUCGAGGAGGCUUUUAGGCGGGAAGGCGAAGCGGGUGGCGUAGACUGGGAAGAGGAACUACCCGGAGAAGCUGGCAGGGAGAGGGAUGGGAACUAUCUGAGGGUCGAGUUGCCGGGAGGGAAGGUGUUGGUGCAUAAUAUCAGACCGGGGCCACCGUUUAAUUUGCAGUUCCCACGGAUGGUAUUAGGGAAGUUGUUUGGGUUGGAGGAUCGGAUUGACUGGCAUGGAUGUCCUGAGGGCCAAGACGAGGAGCGGGAAGCGGCAGAAGCGUUCAAGGCCGCUUUCGCAAAAUAUGAUCCCACGUUAGCUUGAUUUCGAGCAUGCAUGUUGCCUUCAAUCUGUCAGUGUAACAGUUACGGGUUGUUUGGUGUAAAGCGGUUGUAAUCUUAUGUUUACGACAC